AUGGGAUACAAGGCGGGGACGAAGGCGGAUCCGAACGCAAUAACACCCCAGCAAGCUCGGACGGCAUUUGCGAGAUACUGCAAAAAGAUAGACGUGACGAAGGAGGAGCUAGCGUGGAACUUUGGAUGCAUACCGGCAAGCCAAAGUAACGAGCAGGAGGCUGUCCUGGAUGAGGAUAUAAACUGGGACGACGCAGCGGAGGGGAUAGACGAGGGAAUCGAGGGACCGGAGGGCUUUCGCGACAGCGACGAUGACGACGAAGGCAGGGGAGGAGACGGAGGGGCGACACGCAGGAGGAGCGAAAUCGCGAACGGCCCGAGCAGAGAGGGCGACGGCGGAGCACGAGGGGGCAACGGUAACGCUACCAAUGACGCGAACCGAGGCACGGGCGACGGCGGGGACGGGGAGGGCGACAGCGACGUCGAGGUUGACGCAACGGCCGCGAGCAGACAGCGCCUGCUGGCCAUUUCGAGACAUUCGCAAAGAACGCUAGCUACAUGGGAGGGCUUCGUGAAGGAUGGACUGAAAAACAUUCGAACAAAGAAGAGGCGACGGGAGGAACCGGCAGAGGAUGCACAGCAGACCGCACCCCCUCUACUCGGAGCUAGUGGACACGACACCAGCUAG